UAGGCCAACUUCCUCGUUCACAACUCGAACGCUGUCACGGUGACAACUUGGACUGCUCCCGCGUACUGCGUCGUGCUUGCAUGUAAACAAACGCCACUUCAGCUUCCAAUCUUCAAUCAGGAACACAUUCUGCAAUGGUAAUUAUUGGUCCAAUCGAGCACAACGAUCAGAACAUCGUCUACCAGUCGAGCAAUGUUCAGGUGAAAAUCGGCGAUCGGAUCUUGUCAAACGGGACAUUGUACAUCACCGAAAGUUCGCUUUCGUGGAAACCGGUCGACCUGCCGGAAUCGAUCUCCAUUUCUUGGCCAGAGAUUGGCGUGCACGCCAUAGCGAACAACCCCACAAAAUGCAUUUAUUUCAUGAUGGACAAUGCGGUGUCGUGGCCGGGAGUCUACGAUCCCGGCGUACGGGCGAACGGGAACAGACAGCAGCAGGAAGGCGCCGGGAAUGCCUCGGGUUCCGACGACGAGGAUGAGGGCAACGAAUCAGACUGCGAACCAGAAAUCACCGAAUUCUGGCUGAUCCCCAACGACCCCAACACAGUGGAUGUGAUCUUCCAAUCCAUGACGGAGUGCCAGGCACUGAACCCGGACCCAUGUGAUAGCAUCUCAGAGGACGAGGGAGGGUUCAUGGGCAUGGAGGAGGACGCCGAGAACGAGGUUGGCCAGGAGAAUAUGCGCAAUUUGAAUUUGAACGAGGAUGAUGAGCAGUUCGCCGACGCGGAGGAGGACUGAAUCUCAAAUG